CAGAGCUGCUAGCAAACUGCCUGGGCCAAAGCUGCGAUUCACCGCGGCAGGCAGACUUCAGCUUCGUGCAAGAGCGUCGCGAUUGGCCGCGAGAGGGACUUUCCGCAGCAGCAAGACGAAAGAUGGCGAGAUGAUGAAGGUCGACAAGAUGCUCAUCCGGGCAGACAUCACUCCGCAGUCACCUAGAGACUAUGACGAGAAGCUCAGCCAAGGCAUUGAGACGAAGGCGGUCGACAAAUGGCGGGAGUUCAUGGUGGUCUGCCGCAAGCACGCCGAGGAUGAUGCGGAGGCUGUACUUCAAUUCUAUCAGACGAGAGUCAUCCAGGUCUCUGAAGGCGAGAAAGUCAAGAAGGCGCCGAAAAUGGAGCUACUCUUGAGCAACAGCCGGACACAUGUCAAUCUCUUCUCUGCCCUGGACAAGACGCUCUGUGUGUGGACGACGGGUAAUAGGCGAACAACCAUAUACUACUUGCGGGCGCCUUCUACCGCGUCGGCCGUAGAAUGGUAUACAUUUCUGCGCGGCGUGCUUGGACAUGGGCGAGCUAAGACCUUGCAAGUCAACAUACCGGAUCUCAGUGUCAGCUUACGCCUCGACGACCCUUUCCGAUCGCUCGAGGCCUCUCAAACCCUGGCACAGGCCGCGGAAGGCGAUGACGAAGCGCUCAUCAAGGCGAUCAACGACGAGAAAGGUGCUGCCGGCGCGAUUGUGUCAAGAUGCAUGGAAAUGCUCAAGCAGUCACCAGAGUGGGCAGACGUGCUGCAAGCUUGGGCUCAGAAGGGCCGCGUUGGCCUUGCAUGGAAGCGCUACGAUCGUCUGGAAUGGAUCUAUGGUCAGGUCGAGCAGCGAAUGUACGGCACCAUCGCCAUGGAGCGCACGCACGACCUUGAGCUGCGACCCAAGGAUCACUAUCCCAUGACAACCAAGCCGGUCCAUGGCGAUGCAUUGCAAGAACCAGCUCCAGUGGAAGGCUUCCUCAUCCGCCUGACUUCUCGGAAAGGCAAAGAGCAAAAGCUUGGCCGAAUGAUGUUCAAGCGACUUUACUUCAGCACAUACAACCAGUAUCUAGUCUUCCUACGACCUGCGAAAGCGACCCCACCGCCACCACCGAAGAUGCCGAGCCGCGAUAGUCACAGCAAUGUUCCGUCCGCCAAGGACAUUUCUGUACAUGUGCCACUGGCGUACGACGUCGAGCCAUACCCUCUCGAGGGAGACCACAUUGCCUGGCUUGACACUGAGGACAUCAGAUCUGUGAAAGAGCAAGAGGACUGGGACAAAGCAGCGGCUGCUGAGGCAGAACGGAAUGUCAACAUGGUGUCCUCUUGCGAUGGCUUUAUCGACUUGUGCGACGUGCAGGCCGUGCGAAACUUCCACGCGGGAGCAUACCCAGCCGAUGAGAACAUCGACGAUGGUGAAGAUGUGGAUUUCCACGACAACAGCCUUCAGGACGAUGGACAGACCACGGAAGUCGAUUCCGACCGAGUCUUGGAGCUGGUCAUGAAGAAUGGAUUGGUCAUCCGUCUUCAGGCAUUCAACAAGAAGACUCGGAACGAGUGGCGAACGCGGCUUGGACAAUUGACGAGCUACUGGGCUUCGCGGUGCAAAGCAGAUAUGGAUCUCUACAAGCUCACUCGCGAGCAGAAUUUGCGAGAAUUGGGCAUUGAUGAGCGUGCCGAAGCUGUCGUCGGUCAGUUUGCCUACAAGUGGGAAGUCGGCAAGUCUUUCGCAUCACCAACUCUGUAUAACUUGUGUGGCAUCUCCGAAUGCCGGACCAUACAUUUAUCAGGCACACUCUUCCGCAAGCCACGCAAACACACGACUUUCGAACGCUGCCAUGUCAUCUUGUCGCAUGGGCGCCUCCUCAUCUUCCAAGACACCCUUCGCAAGCGCACUGGCAAACGAGUCAGCCACAUCCACCACGAGCGAAUCGCAGCCAUUUCCCUCCAAGGCUGUUACCUGUACUCCGGCCUCCUCACGGAAAAUGACCUCUUAUACCAAAACCAAACCUUUGACUCCAACACCCCGGGGCACCACGCACUGCCGAGGAUAUAUCUGGAAGACGGUUGGACCAGUACGGACGAGGAUGCCAUGACGACGUUCGUCAUCUGGCAUGCUAAGAGCAAUUCUUGGUUCAAAAGUGCUUCGACCGUCGACGAUAUUAAAACGCAAGAGAACUCCGUCAGCGGUAAGAAGGUGCGGACGAAACUUACUCGCGUCAGUCAACUUGGUGCUACCGGGAGGACGGUUGUGUUCAAGGCUCGGAGCCGCGCGGAGAGGGAUCAUUGGGUUCUUGCGCUUCAGGUUGAGAUUGAACGGCAGGCGAGUUUGAAUGAUGAGGUUAGACUGGUUGAUGGUGAGUGAAGAACGAAGAAGACAGGCGUGUGAGUUAAGCAUUACACUACGACGGGCCUUUUUUUUUUCUGAGCGAUGGUUUUCAGCGAUGGCGUUCAUGAUGAUAUGGAGAUACCCAUACCCAAGAGCUUUUUUUGUUUGGAAAUAUAUCUAAGGCAUGAAUCGUGUGAACAGCAUAGUAAGUAGAGUAAUCCAGCAGACAUGCAUAGCUU